GUAUUUUUGGCGCCAUCAUGUGGAUUCUUGAACACAUUUCAACUUCCUGGUUCCCCGCUCUACUCUCGCGGCUUUUGGGGCUCCUAGCAACCUCACGGCAUCAACCAAUGAGGAUCAACCCACGAGAAGAGCGGACCAAUCACAAUCGAGAAUUUAGGCACCAAUUUAAACGGAGAGCGGACGUUUUCCGUUCGGUUUGGUUACCUGCAAAUACACACCAGGAAGAGGAGAAACAACAGAAACACGGCGUCUUAUUUAUUGAAUCCUCUUUAACUGAAACAACAGAGACAGGACCAAAAGCCUCGGCGGUUUAGUUGUACUUCUUGAGUCUUUCCUAACAUUCAGUGUUUGCUAGCUCAGUUAAGCUAGUAGCUUUGGUUUGUUUGGCUAAAGUUGAAGAUGCCGUCUCGUGUUGAUGAUUAUGAAGUGUUGUACACAAUAGGCUCUGGAUCCUACGGAAGAUGCCAGAAAAUAAGACGCAAAUCUGAUGGGAAAAUCCUCGUAUGGAAGGAGCUGGACUAUGGCACAAUGGCAGAGAGUGAAAAACAGAUGCUUGUGUCAGAGGUGAACCUUUUAAGAGAACUGAAACACCCAAACAUAGUGCGGUACUAUGACCGCAUCAUCGACCGGACAAACACCACUCUGUACAUUGUCAUGGAAUACUGUGAGGGUGGGGAUCUGUCCUGUCUCAUCACCCGAUGCAUCAAAGAAAGGCGAUAUUUAGAGGAGCAGUUCAUCUUGCGGGUUAUGGCUCAGCUCACUUUAGCCCUGAAGGAGUGUCACAGACGCAGUGAUGGCAGAGCUACGGUUCUUCACAGAGACCUGAAACCGGCAAACAUUUUCCUUGACAUCAGACAGAAUGUAAAGCUGGGUGAUUUUGGCCUGGCAAGGAUCCUGAACCAUGACACAAGUUUUGCAAAGACAUUUGUUGGGACACCCUACUACAUGUCUCCAGAACAGAUUAACAGGAUGUCCUACAACGAGAAGUCAGAUAUUUGGUCUCUUGGGUGUUUAUUAUAUGAACUCUGUGCCUUAUCUCCACCUUUCACUGCUUACAACCAGAAAGAACUGGCAGAGAAGAUCAGAGAGGGGAAGUUCAGAAGAAUCCCAUAUCGAUACUCUGAGGAACUGAACACUCUCCUCAGCAAAAUGCUCAAUUUGAAGGAUUAUCUGAGGCCCUCUGUAGAGUCCAUCCUGCAGAGCAGCCUAUUGGCUGAAGCAGUCACUGAGGAGCACAGGAGGGCUCAAGAACGAAUCCGAAGGAGGUCAGCAGACUCUAGCUGUCCUGUUCAGAAGCCCACUCAGUCGCCACCACCCUCUGAUGCCGAGCUCCGACUCAGAGAACAGGCACUAAGAGACAAAGAAAAGGCACUGAAGGACCGUGAGGAGAGGCUGGAGCAAAGGGAGCAGGAGCUUUGUGUUCGUGAACGACUGGCGAAUGAAAAGCUCUCCAGAGCAGAGAGUUUACUGAAGAAUUUCAAUCGCCUACAGCAGCAGAGGGGCCUGGCACCUUUCCAUGCUAAAGACAUAGAUGCGGCAGAGAACAUCUCGCCUGGCAAGAAGAAGGUGCACUUUGCUGGUGAAAGUAAAGAGAACCACACGCCCGACAAUCGAAUGAGUGCUACGCCCCAUGAGCUGAUUUUGAGGAGGCUGCAGGCGGCCAAUCUGCGUGCCCAAACUCUGAGUGAUGUGGAAAAGAUCUGUCAGUUUAAAAGCAGACAGAUACUCGGAAUCCGCUGAUCAGUAGACGGCAAAAGGUUCUGAAAGGCUACAAGUCAUAACAACUGGAUGUAAAUGAAGAAAUAUCUAUAUAAUAUGUAGCUGCUUGAGUAGUGAAGCCAAAUGACUUAAGGUGCUGUAUAAUUGUGGCUGCAAGAUUUGAAAAAUAACUGAUGUGUGUGUGGAUAACUGUUUUUCUAGGCAGCUACUGUGAUUGUGCUGUAUACUCUUGAUGUAACUUGCAUAAAAAGGAAGAUCUUUGACUGAAAAAUCUGUUUAGAAAACCGUCUAUAAAGAACCACAGAACCUGUGACGGUAGAUAACGUUUAACUAUGCAAUGAGCAAUUGUGUUUUCUGGUUCAAAAACCCUGCUGGAAAGAAUAAAUCAGAUAUGAGCUCUGUUUCCAAAGACUAAAAGCUUCCACAAGAGGUCAGCAGUUUCUCAGCAAUUGUCAGCCAGAGGAAUUUCAACAGCCAACACAGCAAUGAGCUUUCUCACCUGAAAGUAAUCUGCUCUUGAUUAAUGGCAGAUUAUAAUUAAAAGGGACAUUGUUUUUUUUUAUAUCGUGAUUGGGUUAAAGUGGACCAUCAAGUCAAAACUGAUUACAUAAAAGGCCUAAAAGACGAUGUCAACAUAGCCUGUUUCCAAAAAAGAAAGCAACACUAAUUA